CUUAAUUUUCUUCUUCCCCGUUCUCACUCUGAAAGUCUCAAGUUCUCAACCCAGUUCUUCUCUCCUACACCCUUCAUCCCUCUCCCUAUAACCCCCCAAAAAUUAAAAAAAAUGCUUAGUGCAAUUUCAGCUCCAUAUACACUCAAACCGCAUCCGAAUACAACCCAUUUGAGAGCAAAGCAGUUUGCUCCGACUAGUUUACGGGUUUCAGCAGUUGCUUCUUCGUCGGAACCAAACUUGGAGUACACCCCUUGGCUUAUUGUUGGUUUGGGUAACCCUGGAAUUAAGUACCAAGGCACUCGCCAUAAUGUGGGAUUUGAGAUGAUUGAAAAGAUCUCUCAGAAGGAAGGCAUUUUGUUGAACACCAUACAAUCAAAAGCCUUGAUAGGAAUAGGUUCAAUAGGGGAAAUACCAAUCGUCUUGGCCAAACCUCAAGCAUAUAUGAAUUACAGUGGGGAAUCGGUUGGACCGCUGGCUGCAUAUUACAAAGUACCUUUGCGACACAUCUUAUUGGUCUAUGAUGAGAUGAGCUUGCCUAAUGGCGUCUUAAGGCUUCAGCCAAAAGGAGGACAUGGACAUCACAACGGAGUUAAGAAUGUGAUGGGACACUUAGAUGGGCGGAAGAACUUCCCUCGGCUAAGCAUAGGUAUUGGGAAUCCACCGGGAAAUAUGGAUAUGAAAGCGUUUCUUUUACAGAAGUUCAGUCCCACUGAAAGAAGACAGAUUGAUGCUGCUUUGGAACAAGGUAUUGAGGCUGUAAGGACCUUAGUGCUUAGUGGAUUUAGUGACAGUAUUACGAGAUUUAAUCUCGGGCAGAAGUACAAGUAUCACAAAGUCUGAAGGAAGAUGUAUGAAAUCCUCAAAAGUAUUCAGAUUGGGCUUCAAAAAUUGUCACUCUCAAGUCUUAGUAACCUAGACAACGUCUAUGGACUACGGGUUCUUCGAAUUCUCUUGAAAGGAUAAAAUUUCCUUGCAUUGAGGUUGACUGCUCUGCCCGGUACAGACUUUUCCCGGAAAAAGCUUGAGUUGCGUUGGCGACUUACCAGCAUAUGUGGUCGUCAAUACCACUGGUUGAAUAUUAUCAUUUUUGUACAUACAGUACAUGAUAUGGGCUCAAAACUUUCCCCUCUCCCUCCCCUAACUCUGUAAGUUUAAAAGAGAUAUUUACUCAAUUCAUGGCAAUGGUUUAAGUUGAAAUGCUUUAUUUGAAGUUCUUUCUUAUAUUGAAAUGUCCUAACUGGCGUGCUAAUGCUUCUGCAUUUGACUUAUUA